GUUGAUGAUGCCAUGCUAAUGUUUGACAAAACCACCAACAGGCACAGAGGUUUUGGCUUUGUGACCUUUGAGAAUGAAGACGUGGUGGAAAAGGUCUGCGAGAUCCACUUUCACGAGAUCAACAACAAGAUGGUGGAGUGUAAAAAAGCUCAGCCGAAGGAAGUGAUGUCACCGACGGGCACGGCGCGGGGACGCUCCAGGGUGAUGCCCUACGGUAUGGACGCCUUCAUGCUGGGGAUCGGCAUGCUGGGUUACCCAGGAUUUCAGGCGGCAACAUAUGCUAGCCGUGGCUACACUGGAAUCACUCCAGGAUACACAUACCAGUUCCCAGAAUUCCAUUUAGAACGGACACCACUUCUGACCUCCACUCACCCUCCAGAGAUCACAGCCAUUCCACUGACGGCGUAUGGACCAAUGGCAGCGGCCGCAGCUGCAGCAGUGGUCAGAGGCUCCACCCCCUCUCGCUUCCUGGGCACCAGCAGCCCUGGGCCAAUGGCAGACCUGUAUGCAGCAGCCAGUCAGGAAUCAGCAGUCAGCAGCUACAUCAGUGCAGCAAGCCCCGCCCCCAGCACAGGGUUCGGACAUGGACUUGGGGGUCCUUUGAUUGCAACCGCCUUCACCAAUGGCUACCACUGAGGGUUGAUGCGGUCCGCAUCCAGCAGGAGAGCAGAAACACGAUGAUGGAGGAACUCCUCAUCACUCCAUUCAGGAGUUUACACCUUUUCUUUUCCUCUAUUCUCUACUAACAUCACUUUCCCUCAUCCCGAGUCCUUUAUAAUAUGCUGCCGUCUGUCUUUUUAAAAGAAAGAAAUGAAGUAUAAAAGAUCGUCGAAACAAUAUUGUUUGAUUGUACGCGCGGAAACACGCGAGGAGUUCUGUUUCCUUUUCGGGUUUUUAUUUUAUUUGAUGUUUUGCUGACUGUUUUUAAACAGUUUUUACUGUACUCAUGCUGUAACGGAUGUUGUCGAGAAGGAUGGAGAGAGAGAAAGAGAGAGAGGAGCGAUAAAACUGGAAAAAGUCGAAUAUAAAAAAACGAACAAAUAUUGUGAGAACUGAAACAAAACCACAGGACGAAAAUGUAUAUUUUGGUAGUGUUGCGCAGCAUUUUUGUAAGCUGAAUCGUUGAUACUUCGUAAAAAUUGGAUUUAACUUGAGAAAUGAUUCAUUUUCUUUGUGAGGCGUUCAUAAAAACGGUUUUCGGAUUUACGAAUAAUUGACGAUUUGCACAGAAAAUGUGACCAUGCUCAUGUUGAGGCUCUUGAUUCGGCUGUUUUUGUGUAGAUACUGUAAAUAUUGCAUGGAUUUGGGGAGGGGUUCGGAUUGAACGAUGGAUGGGGUGGUGCGGGAGGGUCUUUAUGGGUUUUUUUUAACACGCAAACAUCUUUCUUCACAUUGACUCUUGUAUUUCUGAGACUCGUUUCACAACCAGGUUGGGCUGAUGCAGGCCUUCGGUUGUGCUUCUCUCACUUUCUACUCCAUUUCUACUGAAAAACAAUUAAUGUUUUGGACUUUCUACAUUUUUGAAUCAAGCGAUCUUUGUACAAAUUGCUUCAGUUUUUGUACGACUCCUCAUGCUUGUGAGUUUGAAACGAUUCGGAAACCAUUUUGGAUGUUUGCGGUCACAGAAAAUAAGGUUGCGUUUUUCAAAAAAACAGAUCUGGUCCCUUUUUUGGGAGAGAAAACACAAUCUUAAUUCGUUUAGUAGCCUCAGUUGGAAAGGUACGGCUGGUUAGGCUUCUCGUCAUGCUGUUUUUGGAAAUAUAUAUUAUAUAUAUGAGUUUUGUUUUUGCGCAUUGUACUUCUAUUGUAAAUUCCUUUCCCUUUCUCAUCUUCUUUUGUUGACGGUACGACGCUGUUUUUAAAGAAAUGAAGGACAAAUUUACAAAGCAAAAGGAGUCUGAGCGCUGUUACAUCUCAGUUUCUGUCUUGACUGCGAAAAAUCCGUUUCUUCCACAGUGUUUUUGCUAUUUUCUGUCUUAAAUCAAAGUGCAUUUAGUUGAGAAGCUAAAUUAUGUUCAUAUUACAUUAUGAACAGUGUCUCAAAAGGUUGCUGUAUAACAAAUUAAUAUCUGGCAAUCGGGUAAGAAAUGUAAAUGUACAUUUACUUUGAAUUCAAUUUAUUGUUCAGACCUUAUUGACAUAUUUUGUAUGUUUUAUGGAAAAAUGAUAACAA